UAGAAGUUCAGACCCCCCCCCCCCGCACAUAGUGUCCCCGCCUGUAAAAUGGGAUUGCCCUGGUGGCCUGGCAGCCUCCUCUGCAGUUCUUGUGGGGAUGGGAGAUUGAGGUGGGCCCUGGGACCGUGUUCCCACAGGAAGAUGGCUCAGGAGGAGGGUGUGAGCCUGGCCGAGGUGCGGGCGCGGGUCGGGGCCUCGCAUGGCAUCACCGACCUGGCUCCCAAGCUCCACUUCUAUGAUAGCUGGGCUCCGGACUAUGACCAGGAUGUGGCCACCCUGCAGUACCGAGCCCCUCGCCUGGCAGUGGACUGUCUCAGCCAAGCCUUUCCAGGCCUUCCCCAUGAUGCCCUUAUCCUAGAUGUGGCCUGUGGCACUGGCCUGGUGGCUGCUGAGCUGCAGGCUCGGGGUUUCUCCCAGCUGCAUGGAGUGGAUGGGAGCCCAGGGAUGCUGGAACAGGCCCGAGCCCGCAGCCUUUACCAGCACCUCAGCCUCUGCACCCUGGGCCAGGAGCUUCUGCCCAGCCCCGAAGGGACCUUCGAUGCGGUGCUGAUGGUAGGUGCCCUCAGUGAUGGCCAGGUACCCUGCACUGCGAUACCUGAGCUUCUGCGAGUCACUAAGCCAGGUGGGCUGGUGUGUCUGACCACCAGGACCAACCCUUCCAACCUUCGAUACAAGGAGGCACUGGAGGCUACCCUGGACGGGCUGGAGCAGGCCAGGGUAUGGCAACGCCUGGUGGCCUGGCCCGUGGAUCGCUGGGAGCUGGCUACCUCUGAGCUCGAGGUGGGGCCCAACACCUUGACAGAGGGCUUCAUCUCCGGCAUUGUCUACCUGUACCGAAAGGUGGAGGUGACCCAAGUUGAGGGGGUGAGAUCCAAUCAGCAGCCUCCUGUUGGCCUCUGACCCUCCAUGUAGCUUUAGCCAGGUUUACCUGCUGGGCCUCUGCAACUUCAGCUGUAACACAGGGCCACCAUGCCAACCCUGCCCCUCAGGAGUGCUUGGCCUAUUAAAUGAGCCUCAGAAGGGAUAGAA